CACUAUAUCGUCAACUUGACGUUAAUCUUAUGAGUAUAACAAAUGCUUUCUGUGAAUGAAAAGCCCCACUGAACUCUCCUCUGAGUCAAAUAGAAUUUUAUCUUAGUCUAAGAAGAAAUGCUCUCUUUACUUGUUUUUUUAUGGAUUCAAAUCCUAAAAUUGUAACUUAAAAGAAAUAUUUAUUAGUGUAGUGAGUAGUGACAUGAGGUCCAUCAUAAAACGAUAUCGUUUCAUUCCCUAGUAAAUCCAAGGUAGCAGAAACUGAGAAACGCAACCACGCGCCCAUCUUGUCCUUUUAAAACAGGCAACCGCUUUUCUUCUUGCUCACCGUCAUCAGCGUAAUAUAUGUACAAACAAAAAUGGAAGUGCUGAACAGCACCACUAGCAGAACAAAUCCUCAAGCCGAAACCGAUCAGUCUACACUAGAAUUCGCCGGAAAAUGUCAGCGGUAGUUUCUGGAGGACCUUUCCUCGCCUCCCUUUUCCAAAAGGCUUUGCUGCAGUCCUUCUUCUACAUCCCCUGUUCGCUUUUCUCCUCCAUCGCCUCUCCAUCAGCUCAAAGUUCUUUUUUCGCACGUCGAUUCUCAGCUUCUUGAGGGAGCACUGGAAGAAUCUUGUAAUGAUUUGGACUCUGCCAUCAAAAGCCACUGUUUAGAAUCUGCAGAGCAAAAUUCAGAUUCUGUUGAAGAAGCUAGCAUAAAUGUGGUGCAAGUUUGAAAUGGCAUUAUCAUUGGAAAUAAAUGGUUGCUUAUUAUGGUCGUGGAUGAUAUGACAUUCCGUGUCUGCUCUGUUGUUUAGUUUAUUUGAUGUCAAAUAAAUGAACAAGGAAUGUCAGAGCUGGUUGCGAAAUUAUCAGUUCCGCUGCCUAAUGAUGGAGAUGCUACUGCUUCUGCUGACAAUAAAUCAGUGCAAAGCAACCUUCCUGUCAAUGAUGAAGAAUGGAUGGACUUGUUUGUAAGGGAAAUGAUGAGUGCUACAAGUGUUGAUGAUGCCACAGUCUGUGCCUCAACAAGUUUGCUGGAGAUUUUGGAGAUUUCUAUCAGUAAGCAUGCUGCUGAAGACACAGCACAGAGUUUACAGAAGGAAGACCUGAUGCUAAAAGAGCAUGUUGAAGUACUGAUGCAAAAGAACUCCAUCCUGAAGAGAGCUGUGGCUUUCCAGCAUGAACGUCAGAAAGAAUUUGAGGAUAAACAUCGGGAGUUGCAGCAGUUGGUAUCUCAAUAUCAACAACAGUUGAAAACUCUUCAGGUUAGAAUCAAAACUUUCAUAAACCUUUUUCCCUGAUUAUAUAUGUUACCAUUAACAAGCCCUUGAGAGGAAUUGAAUUCUAAACCUAAAUCAGUUCUAUUUAUGAUUUCUUUUAAUAGUGGUAUCCCACUUCUAGAUCCCUCCCAAGUCCCAAGUACUUGAUGUGUAGUUGUUUUUCUUCUGUAUUAAAAUCUAAAAAGCAUGGGAGUGCAAGAAGAUGUUGAUAUCUUUUUCCUUGAAGUUGUCAUUGUUUAUAAUAUACAGAAGACAUGUGAGUUUGUAGCAAAGCAACUUGCUUUGGAAAUUUUGGAGUCUUAAAGCAUAAAGUAAUAGUAGGUUUGCUAUUAUUAA